AUGCUGGUCAUACUGUCACUGGUUUGCGGCCUAUUCGUUUCAGCGUUCGGGAGGCGUGAAUGCAUCGGACUGAGCGGACAGCUUUCCUGCGCCAACGAUCACAGGCUGCAUGCGCACAUUGAGGUGACCGUUUGGGACGCGGAUUUUUUCUUGUUAAAUCCGGUUGGGUAUUACGGGUGGAACGAAGAUGACAUGAUGGGAAUCACCUACACCAGCGAGAAAGGUGAGUUUCUGGUCUAUGGCUGCGCGGAUGACCCGGACUUUUUGCCGGUCCUCAUUAAUAACCGGCCGGAUCCCUAUUUGACGUUCCGCCACUACUGCAACUCGCUUCUUGGAGAAAAGGUGAAACUACAGCUGCCGCAGGUGUUCAUGCCCACCAUGCAGGAGUUGGGCGUCAUCCGACUGGAGCGGAACGAGACCCGCGCCGGUGGCCGCUUCGGCCGCGCCUUGAGGCAACGAAAACAUAAGCAUGUUGGA